UUAGAAUGACUUGAGGUCUUACAUUGUCUGAACUCACUCAACGGGAAGAGGGUAUGAUUAAAUUAUCUUUGCUUCUUCAUACUUCUUUUUGGACACGUGGAACCGUGAAUUGUACUAUUUGAUGUAUUCCAGUUUAACUUGUAUGCAUGUCCAAAAUAAAUGAAACCAUUCCCAUUACCAUUUGAUUAACUUUAAGUCCAACUGAUACACAUCAUUUCAGGUUUACAUUUGUUGUCAAUACCAAAGUACAGUCUUCUGUGGAUGUUUAUGUCAUGUGACCAAAAAAUAAUUGUAUUUUAUUUGUAUCUACCUACUUAAGAGGAUCAUCCAGUGUCCGGUCUUACAACGCACUUAACAUUCCUGCUGCCUAGCGACCACGUGGCAACAAACACAUAAGAGCCUGCCUUUGACUUUGUGACGUCACUGCGGUGGAGGGGCUAGGCAAAAGCAUACGAAUCAAAGACAGGGUGAUGACGUCAUCGCCAACCUCCUCUUGAGGUGUUUUGGGAGCUGCAGGAGACAGACCACCGAGCCCACCGGCACCGAACCCUACCGGGACUGAAACCCUGCUCUGUGUUGGGAGGACCAUGUCGUCUCCAUGUCCCAAAUGCGGAAAGACGGUGUUUUUUGCGGAGAAGGUGUCGUCUUUAGGCAAAGACUGGCACAAAUUCUGUCUGAAAUGUGACCGCUGCAGCAAGACGCUGAACCCAGGAGGUCAUGCUGAGCAUGAUGGGAAGCCUUUCUGCCACAAACCGUGCUAUGCUUCCCUCUUUGGACCAGAAGGGGUGAACAUUGGUGGAGCUGGCUGCUACGUGUACGCCGCUCCUGUCAUCGAGGCCUCAGCAGCUGUUACCACGGAAACCAAAGUGGAGGAGAAAAAAGCCCCUAUGCGGCGACCAGUGAAGGCUGCCAGCUUCUCUGCUGUCACAGAGGGACCUAAUGUCUGCCCCCGCUGCAACAAGACAGUUUACUUUGCUGAGAAGGUGUCAUCUCUGGGAAAGAACUGGCACCAGCCUUGUCUGCGCUGCGAGAGAUGUAGUAAGACGCUAGCGGCUGGCGGUCACGCUGAGCAUAAUGGCCAGCCAUAUUGCCACAAACCAUGUUACGCUGUGCUGUUUGGACCAAAAGGUGUAAAUACUGGAGGAGUGGGCAGCCAUAUCUACAGCAAGGCUCAACACUGAAAUGAACACAUCACUCAAGAACCCCAACGUCUCUUUGUGAUAACUUCACUGAUAACUUCAAUUCCAUCACACUUGAAUCUUUAGUAUGUCCUUUCAUGCCUGACUUUACCUGUUCCCUUUAAAUGAAGGCUUAUGCUAUUGUAUUAUAGAUAUAGAAAUUAUUUUAUACAGUAAGAAUUUAAUGGAAGCACACAUUUCCUGUGCCUUUUCAGUCAAAUGUAUUCCAAAAAGCAACAGGCCAACUUUAAAUGUUGUCUCUCUAAUCACAUGGAUGCGGUGAUAUAAUCUGGAAGCUAAAAAUAAACUCCACAUACCGAUGGAACCUGUUUUUGCUUCAAAUGAAAAGGUUGAACUGAAAUUAACAUGUUUUUAUUGCACUUUGAUGUAACACAUUGUAAAUCUUUAUACACUCAUUACACCCAUUCAAAAUGAAUGAAAUUGUUAGCCUUAUUUUUAUUGUGGUUGUAGUUUGUAUGCAUGAUUGUUUUCAAUGGUGUUACUGAUGUUGUUAACUUUGGGCAUAACUCACGAACCACAACAAAUAAAGCGAAAAAGGUCUGUACUCACGAA